GUAUACGACUGCGCGCAAUUCCCAGCCCCUAGCUCUUUUACGACCUACUCAUUGGACUCGGAAUAACUCAGAACCCUGGACCGAGAGCAUAUUACAGUAGCUUGAUGCAGACGCUUGCUACUGCUCCCACCCCUACAGCAGAUGCCCAGAACUUAACGGACUCAAGGAAGUCACGCAAAGCAGUUUUUCGACGCACGAUAGAUUACAAUGCUUCGAUCAUAAACUAUUUGAAAGAUCGGCUGUGGAUCCACAGCUACACCAACAGGCCUUCUCUGCAGCCGGAUUUGCUUUGGAGUCCUAAGCUUUAUCCUCCGAAGUGUUAUAUGGAUAGCCCAGUGAAUUGUGUAAUGUCAAAGCCAGUCCGAACGUCUACCAACAAAAACAAAUGCCCCAUAUACUGUGUUUGCUGGACCCCAGAGGGUAGGCGCUUAAUCACGGGGGCUUUCAGUGGAGAAUUUACCCUUUGGAACGGACUAACCUUCAAUUUCGAAACCAUACUUCAGGCUCACGAAUCACAAAUCCGUUGCAUGAAGUGGUCGCACAACGAUGAAUGGCUUUUGACAGCCGAUCAUUCUGGAUAUGUAAAGUAUUGGCAAGCAAAUAUGAACAACGUGGAGAUGUAUCAGGCUCACAAAGAACCUAUACGUGGGGUCAGUUUCUGCCCUUUCGACAAUAAAUUCGUUACGUGCAGUGAUGACUCCACGGUUCGUAUAUGGGACUUUCACCGUUGUGCCGAAGAACGCGUGCUCCGAGGUCAUGGAUCAGAUGUGCGCAGUGUCGCAUGGCAUCCCACUCUCUCACUUCUCAUAUCGGGCAGCAAGGAUGCCCAGCAACCAAUCAAACUCUGGGAUCCAAAGACGGGCGAGUCGGUGAUUACGCUGUACAUCCACAAAAACACAUGCACAGACGUCUCCUGGAACGAUAAUGGCAAUUGGUUUUUAACCGCAUCACGCGACCAUCUUAUCAAGCUCUUUGAUCUCCGAAACUUGAAGUCGGAACUUCAGACUUUCCGUGGUCACAAACGAGACGUCAUGCGCGUUGCAUGGCAUCCAUUUCAUGAAUGCCUGUUUGCAAGCGGGAGCGCCGAUGGUUCGAUCUUUUACUGGCUUGCUGGGACAGACACAGAACUUGGCGCUGUAGAAAAUGCACACGAAAGUAUGAUCUGGAGCCUCGCCUGGCAUCCAUUUGGGCACAUCUUGGUAUCCGGAGCAAAUGAUUUUGCGACUAAAUUUUGGACUCGUAGUCGUCCCGGUGAAGUGCUGAAGGAGUGUUUAAGUGGUUCCAACACAGAAGGUAUAAUUUUAACCCACGGUCCCACUGCUUCGGAAGCAGAUGCACUGGAUCAUCUGACUUCUUCACACGAUGCUCUGAAAUCUACACAGGAGUUCACUCUCACUGGGACUGUUGUGGAAGCAGUUGAAGAGCUGGCCUUUGUCAGUAAUCCAGAUGAUCUAUCUGUUACUGAGAUCCCUGGCCUAAACGAGGGAGCUGUAACCGAUUUAAAUGUAAACGAUGGUAUGGAUGAUAACGACGAUCGGAGUGGGAGCAAGCUUCGUAGUACAAGAACCAUACCGAAAGAAUUUGCCGCAAACUGGGCCAGUACACGCAUCACUGCAAUGCCAACGGUGAUGAUGAUGCCCCCGGCUCCGAACCCCACUCAGAUCGUAUCUGCCGUUGCUGCUGCCGCGGCCGCAGUCUCCGACCUGACCAGUACGCCGCAGUAUUUACCUCCUCUGAAACCCCCUCCAUCGGUUACAAAAGAACGGCCCGCACCAUCACCUGCGCCUGAGCCCAUUCCAGUCACCUCUAAACCGCCAAAUGACCAUUCCCAAGGUGUUUGCACUAGGCCACAGCGUCCUAUGAACUACCUAGGUCAACCUCCAGCACCUCCAGAGACAUUGUUGCCUCAGAGGGAUACAGAUACAAUAAACCCGGUCGGAAUCCGCGGAGAGACGAGAGAAACGCCCGCUAAUUGGAAAGACAACUUUGAAGCGGUUCACCCACCUGACUCGAACAGCGAUCAUGGACAGCCUCCACGUUUAAAGCCUCACUUAGCCAACAGAGAACCAUUUGAACAACCACCCAUCCAACAAGCACGUGAAGAGUUUACAAGACAUAUGGAAGACAGGGACUAUAGGGAUUUUGAGCGGAGAGAACCAAACUUACACCCUCCCGGUCCACCUCCUGCUCCAUUCACUCGUCCCCCACUUAACCAUGGCAGCUUUAACCAUCCUGGUCGCCCACACCAGCCACCCAUUCGUCAUGAUAGAAUUCCUGUAGGACCACAUCGUGGUUUUCCGCCUGACACUGAGAGGUUUCCAUAUGAUGUUCGAUCUGACAAUUACCCACCGGAAGAGCGUAAACGCCAUUUUCCUGAAUCCAGUACCGAUGAACCCUGGGAUAGAAGCUGGCCGGAAGAUGGUCCGAACCGUUUUCAAGGCUAUCCACCACAUGGCGUACCCCGUAGACCUCCGCCCAGAUUUCCACCACCACCUCAAGAUAAAUUUUAUCCUGAACCCGGUAUGAACUUUGGCCCACCCCACAAACGUCCCCCUCCCUCACUCCCAAUGACGGGGCCUUUGCCUCCGGAACUACGGCACAAACAUCCCCGGCCAGAUGGUCAUUGGGGCGACCACGGCCAGUGGUAGGCCGUUUAUGUACAGCUGUCCUCGUUUGAAUUUGUUUCCAAAUUUUGCAUGUACUUAAUUCCACGUGCAUUUUUUUAAAAAGUUGCAUCGAUUUCUGCUCUCCCACUACUCAUUGUUGAUCCCUCAGCUAUUGACAUUCCUCGG